GAUAUCACACAACAUGAAAACUCUGAAGAAGUGAAGACUUUACGAACAAAAACGGAGCCUUGGAGGACUAUUUUGGUCGAAAUGCACCGCGGAGCGAGCAAACGGAAAUUACAGAUGGAAGAAACGGAGAAGGGAGAUAACAACAUUGACAUCUGGCGCAGGGAGCAGUCUUCGAAGUAUACUUCGAAGACGAAGUCGGUACGAAGGAAAACAGUGGGUGGUGGAACACCUCUCGCUCCAACUAAGCAUGUCACAAAAAACAAACGGGACCACAACAAGGGUGAAGCGACUGAUGUGGAGAAUGCUCAAGUAGGAGGAAGCGGUGAGGAUAUCGAAGGAAGCAUGCGUUGUGGUCGCCAGGCGGGCGAAAGCAGUGGAGGCAGACACAUUGGAGGUCGCGACAUUCAGUACAGGGAGCGGCAUGUGGAACAACAAGGUCGACAAGCAUCAUCGACAGAGUGCGAGGACCAGCAGCUGGAGCAGAACGAACCAAAUUCGGAAGAGGACGAAUUAGAGGACGAGAACAACAGAGACAACGACGAUUUUGGUGAACGUGAAUCGAAUGAAGAUGAGGAUGAUGAUAAUGAAGAGAUUCGUGAAGACGAUGACGAGAAUGACGCACACUGCAGGAACGAGAAAGCAAUAGGUAAAACAUUUUGUGAAAUCCUGUGAAAUUGUUUGUAACAUUAAAAAAAUAUGGAAGAAAAAAAGAACAACAUUCAAAAUGAAUCUCGUAUAUGCAU